CAGAGUGAUGUCAGCAGAGGAAGGAGAGGCAUUAGGUUACAUGGUGGGACUGCCUACACCCAACAUCUGAACAAGCUGCACACCAGGCAGGGAUCUGAAGAAACCAUCACCCUCCUGCCUUGGCACAACGGGCACUGAUUCUUCCACAACUGCUCCAGGGAUUACAAUCUUCUUCCAUCAUCUCCUCCCCAGCUGCAAUGUGUGCCCAAGUGACCACCAGCAGCUCCCUGAGUGCCAACCAGACUUUCCUGAGAAGUUUCCCUGGGGUGCUGAGAGUUCUGCAACUGGUGGCGGGGGCUGCGCUGUGGAUCACCAUCGCCUCCAGCUUUUACAGUGGAGGGAUCCACUUCGUCUUGUUUGUGGCUGUCUUCUUCUGGCUCCUCACCCUGCUCUUGUAUUUCGUCACCCUGCUGGACAAGCAGGACCUGGUGCCAAUCCUAGGAGGCCAGCGCUGGCUGCUGACCAAUCUGGUCUCUGAUGCCCUGGCCACCGUUUUGCACGUCGCUGCCACCGUGGUCAUGGCCAUCUACACCGACGAGAGCUCCUUCUGCACCUUACAUGGCUACCAGCACCGCUGCCCAUUCAAUACCUACCUGACGGCCUCUAUAUUGGCAGGGGUGUGCAGCCUCCUGUAUAUGCUCACCACUCUGUACUUCUGCUACAGGAAGAGCAAAGGGGGGCAGAGCGUUAUAUAGGGGGGCAGAGGACUGCAGCUGGGGGCACAGAGGGGUCCUGGGAUGCAAAGAAAGGGACGAUUUUGAAGAAUGCUUUGGAUGACUGAUUUCUUUUAUUACUCUUCUGUUUUGUUUUCUGUGUUGUAUCUUCGAUACAUUGUUACUUUUUGCUGGGUACGUUACAUGGCUGUUACAUUGUGCUGCCUUAUGUCUGAAUAUACAAGUGCACAAGGAAUGCUG